AUGCGAUGGGCCAAAAGCCAGGCCUUCUUGCCGACUGGAAACCCAACGCUGCACAAUUGCGAUACUUCACCUCUGCAAUCCUGUAUAUAUAAGCACCUCUCUCCACACCAGCGAUCUCUUCUUCUCCAUCCUUCACUCAACUUCCCAUCCACGCUCACCACGGAAGAGCCACCACCUAUCCAAUUUCGCAACCGAACACCGACUGCCUACCACCUACAAUGAUCAAGCCAACGCUCUUCCUCGCCCUUCUGGGCCUCAUCGUCGCCUCCGUCUUCGCCGCAGACACCCCAACUGCGGCACGUGCGGUACCGUACUACCCACCUCACCGCCCGAGAUGCCCCUGCCGCUGCAUCCUGGGAUACUACGCUGAACAGAAGGCUACCCGGAUGUGCAAGCGUCGCCGGUUCCUGUACAGCUGUUCGGUGCAGGAGUGCACCAAGCACUACCGCCCCGGAAAGACUUGCUGUGAUGUUCACAAGCCAUCAGUUACGCCUACGCCUACCCCAUCAGUUACGCCCACUCCUUCGCCCAAACUGAAGUGCCCUUGCGUCUGCACGCGCAGGGGAGCUGCCCGCCGCGAUUGCCACUACAAGCCGUACUGCGAGGUCACACGGUGCCCGGAGGAUCACAGUAAUGAUCACCAUACCAACCCCUAUGGCCAGUAUUACAAGCCGAGGCCGAAGUUCCAAUGCUGCUACAAGCCGCACUAUUAAGGCAUGAGGGGUCCAUGUCUCGCGUUGGGGGUCGACUGCUGGUAAGAAGUGAGAGAAUGAGUGUAGCUCAGUUGUGGCCUCCUCAGUCAAACGGCACAAGGUCGUCCUGGACACAUAUACUCUGUCCCAUGUUGUCUGUAGUUCAGUUCCAUCUUACUGCUUGUAAACUGGGAAGUUUAUGAUUUGUUUAGA